AUGGGUGCCCGCGGAGGUUCGGGGCUGUAUGUGGGACGCGGCACGGCCGCUCUGCUGGCUGCGCUGCUGCUGUCGCUGCUGGCCGCGCUGUUGGCUCUCGCCGCUCUGUACGGGCGCUGCCGGCACCCGCCGCCCCCCGCCCGCCCGGCGGCAGCGCCCGGUCCCGACCCCGGCGUGCCCGGAGCCCCGACGGGGGUCUCGCUGCGAAGGCUGCCGCGGCACCUGCUGCCGCUGCACUACGAGCUGGAACUGUGGCCGCGAGUGCGGCCGGGACAGGAGGAGCCCUUCGGCUUCAGCGGGCAGGUGAACAUCACGGUGCGCUGCCGCCGGGACACGCGGAGCGCUGUGCUGCACAGCGCCGGUCUGAAGUCCCACAGUGCCGCCGUCCUCGGGCCGCUGCCCCAGGCGGGAGCAGCCGUGGAGGUGGAGGGGCUGCGGCUGGAGGAGGAGGGCCAGCUGGCGGUGCUGGAGCUGCGCGAGCCGCUGCUGGCCGGGCGGCGGUACGUGCUGCAGCUGAGCUUCCACGGCCGCCUGCGGGAGGACCGCGAGGGGCUAUUCCUCACCCGCUACACCGACCUGGGCUGCAGCAGUAUGCUGGUUGCAUCCCAACUGGAACCAGCGUAUGCCAGGACAGUUUAUCCAUGUUUUGAUGAGCCUGACAUGAAGGCCACAUUUAAUAUCAGGAUUGUCCAUGACCCAAGCUACGUGGCUCUUUCCAAUAUGCCUGCUAUUGAUGUAUCUGAAAUGAAGGAUGAAAAUGGAAGCCUGUGGAGUGUUACCACUUUUAACACCUCACUGAAAAUGCCAACUUACUUAACUGCUUUUGUGGUCUGCGAUUUCGACUAUGUCAACACAACAGAGCGAGGAAAGGAGAUACGUAUUUGGGCUCGGAAAGAGGCAGUUAAGAACGGGUAUGUUGACUAUGCUUUAAAUAUCACAGGGCCCAUAUUUUCAUUUCUGGAAGACUUAUUUAACAUCAGCUACCCUCUGCCAAAGACAGAUUUGGUUGCACUGCCUGAUUUUGGAGCAGGCGCUAUGGAAAACUGGGGACUAAUGACUUUUGAAGAAGCAGCAUUGCUGUACCUCCCGAGUGAUAAAUUCACAGGCAGAAGGACGAUUAUUGCCUUAAUUGUGUCACAUGAACUUGCACACCAGUGGUUUGGAAAUCUGGUUACCAUGACCUGGUGGAACGAUCUCUGGCUUAAGGAGGGCCUGGCAUCUUACCUUGAGAACCUGGGAGCUACUUUUGUCGAACCCAAGCUUUCAUUGCAUGAAAUCUUUUAUGAUCACAUCGUACAACCUGUCUUAAGUCAAGAAAAUGACUUAGAAGUUCGAUCACUGUCAGAAAGUGAAGACAAGGUCAACGGAUCAUUUUCAUUAGUUUCUCUGUUUGACAGCAUCACAUACAACAAGGGGGCUUCUAUUACAUGGAUGCUUUCUGGUUUUCUGACUGAGAAGUUGUUUACCAGAGCUUUAAAUUCGUAUCUGAGAGAAUUUGCCUUUUCAAAUGCCAACCAGGAUGAUCUGUGGAUCCACAUACAGUUGGUAGUAGAUGCGCAAGAUGAAGUUCAGUUGCCAGCAUCUGUAAAAAAAAUAAUGGAUUCCUGGACAUGUCAAAAUGGAUUUCCAGUUUUAACAUUCAAUAUAAGCACCGGCACAAUCAGUCAGGAAAAAUUUCAUAAUAAAAACCAUGAAAACAGUACAGAUUUUUACAACAAUACUUGGAUUGUUCCUAUUUCUUGGAUGAGAAAUGGAUCAUCACAGCCCUUAAUGUGGCUUGACAACAGCAGCAAAGUGUUCCCUGAAAUGCAAGUGUCAGACUCAGAAUAUGACUGGAUCCUACUAAAUGUAAAUUUAAGUGGAUACUACAGAGUGAACUACGAUCAGUUAAACUUGAAAAGAUUAGUACACUUGCUUGAAAAUGAUCCAAAGGCUAUUCCUGCUGUCAGCAGGUUCCAGCUGCUAGAUGACAUUUUUGCACUGACAAGGUCUGGAUAUAUUGAGAUUGAAGCUGCACUUGAACUAACAAAGUACCUUGGCGGAGAAGAUAAACUCUUUGUAUGGAAUGUGGUAUUGGUAAAUCUAGUGCCUGACAAUGUGGAAAGUACUCUGAAAAACUAUGAAGUAUACCCACUUUUGAAGAAAUACCUUUUAAAGAGAAUGUUGCCAAUAUACCAUUAUUAUGCAGGUUUUAUUCGUCAAAAUGUUGAUGCUUUGGAAGAUGACUAUUUUGCUCAAGUGUAUUUGGAAAAAUUUUUUGCAACAGCAUGCUGGCUGGGUCUCCAAGACUGUUUGGAUCUGUCAUCUGAACUGUAUACUAAGUGGAUGGACAACCCUGAGUACAAAAUUCCAUUUUUAAUUAGAAGAACCGUCUGUUGCUAUGGUGUUGCAGUGGGAAGUGAUAAAGAAUGGGAUUUUGCAUGGAAAAUGUAUAAACACAAUGACUCCACAACAGAAGAUAAAGACAUCCUCCUCUCUGCCAUGAGCUGUGCCAAAGAAUCGUGGUUACUUCACAGAUCCUUGCGGUAUUGGCUCAGUGAUACACAAUUUUCUUCCAACUGUACAGCCAACAUCCUUGAAUAUGUAGUGUCUAAGGACAAUGGGCAUCGUAUAGCCUGGGAAUUUGUUACAGAAAAUUGGUCACUUUUAAGUGAAAGGUAUGGGAAGGAAUUAUUACAUGCCGUAUUAAGAAUCAUGGGAAGAUUUGUCAGUACAGAUAUACAGAUCCAAGAGGUAAAUGAGAGAAGAGAUUAAUUGAUGGGAGAAAACUUCUUGCUCUGUAACUGUAGAGGAGGCAGCACCAGAGGAUUCUGCUACCCAACUAGUCCUAGACACUGUGUGGUACCACUAACUAAUGAAGCUGGCUGCAAUUUGAAGCAUUUUUACAGAGAUGAUGGCAAAAGGGCAUAUUCCUGUUGCAGGUUUUCUAUAAUAAUACACUAG